CACCCACAACAACAACAAACAAACAAACAACAGCGAUGAGCCGGCGCAACAGCAAGAGCGCCCGCAAAGGGUCCAGGGGCAGCAAGGGGGAGGAGACGCCUCAAGCGCCGCCAGAGUUCCACGACUUCAACGAUGCCUUCAGCAAGCUCGACGUGGCCCAGCAGGCGUCCUUCCUUGACAUGUUCCAAGCAGGAGAAAUGACGGCAGAGGAGGCUCGUCUUCAGAUUCAAGAGAUGAGCGAGCAUGCACACAUUGUCAAGUACCUGGGCAGCGUUCCUGUUGCAGCUGCAAAGCUGACCGCAACCAUGUGGGAUCUCUUUGGAAAAGAGGUCAUCUCCACGGCAGGGCCGCGUCUCAAGGCCCUCAAGCUCAAGCCCGUCGAAGCCAUGAUCACCAUCUCUGCCAGUGGCAUCAGGGUCAUCAACACGGCGACGCAGGAAGUGAUUGAGAACGAGCCCAUGGAGCAAGUGGUGUACAGUGCUGUUGAUGCGAGCGACAAGAAGCGGGUUGCCGUCCUCUCGCACUACUCCAAGCUCGGCCUCAUCUACUGCCACGUCUUCUCCACCAAGGACAAGGUGUGCCAGGAGAUUGCCGGCGCUGUGCAGCGGCUGGUGCAGGCGAAACCCGUUGACGAGGUGUCGGAGGCGGACAGGCACGAGAAGGCGACAGGCGCGACACUCGGCAUCUUCGAGACAGACUAUGUGGGGUCUGCCACCAAGCCGCGCAACGAGCACACCUCGAAUGAGGAGUUUGUUGGGCAGGUGGUGGAGGACUUGCGAGCGGCCAUGAAGGAGAAGAAGAAGAAAGAGAAGAAAAAGAAGCUGCCUGCCAAUGCUGAUCGCGUGGUCAUGGUCAUCUCUUCAGAGGGUAUCAGGAUUGUGGAUGCACUCAGCCGCGAAGUCAUCACUUCCAUCUACAUCACUAAAAUCAGCUAUGUGACCAAGGUGAUGGUGAAGAAGGACCGGUACUUUGCCAUCAUCUUCAAGGACGGGCGGCUGAACAAGAAGACUUGUCAGCUCUUCCAGUGUCUGGACGAUGAGGCGCAACAAAUCUGCAACACUGUGAAGGAGGCAUUCAAGGUUGCCAAGGAGGACGUGAAGGCGCGAGAAGGAAACCCCUUCAUGCCCAUGUCAUCUCUCACAGAGCCCGUCAAGGGCGCGUUGGCGGAGUGCCAGGUGCCGCGCCGCAGCCUCAACGCCAUACGCCCGCUCGGUGCCGGGCAGUUUGGGGAGGUGUUCCUUGCAUUGGAAGCGACUGACGGUGGUGAUGGGCAGGAGGGCGUGAAGCGGGCAGUGAAGAUGCUGCGAGGGGCGGCCACCACCGCGGACAAGGCGGAGUUUAUGGGCGAGGCAGCCGUCAUGAACAUCAUGCGACACCAGAACAUCGUUGCGCUGGCCGGCAUCUGUGCACAGCAUCGGCCCUGGCUGGUCGUGCUUGAGUUCUGCCCCCACGGCGAUCUGCAUGGUGCGCUGCGUGCUCUUCGCGAACGCCGUCUCGCCCUCUCCAUUGGCGAACAGCUGCGCAUUGCAGAGAACAUCGCCGCAGGCCUCGAGUUUGUCGCAUCAAAGCGAUAUGUCCAUCUCGAUGUUGCCGCCCGCAACUGCCUCAUUGGUGCUGAUGGAACCAUCAAAGUCGCCGAUUUCGGCCUGGCCAAACCCUACGACGCCGGCAAGCCGUACUUCCGCCUGCGCCGCACUCUCAAGCUCUCCAUUCGCUGGAUUGCUGUCGAGGCUCUCCAGCCCCCGCCCAAGCGCCUCUCUGAAUUUAGUGACGUGUGGGCCUUUGGCGUUACCAUGUGGGAGAUUGCCACGUACGGGCGCAUGCCAUACCACACGUAUCGCCUGCAUGAGCUGCAGCGGCUGCUGUUGGAGGGACUGCGCCUUGAACAACCCCAGGGCACCCCACACGAAGUCUUCGCCGUCAUGCAGAGCUGCUGGCGCCGGUCACCAGGCAACCGUCCCAACUUCAGCCGUCUUCGCCAAAGGCUGAUGGACUUGCAGAUGGUGCACGAGCCCGUGGCGAACAUUGCCACCAUCCUCUCACAGGGUGCGGAGGAUGGAGGCGACAAGCAGGAAGGGUUUGGCGACUUGGAUGACUUGCUGAAGCAGUACGAUUUCCCCCAGGCCGAUAUUCCACGAUAAACGCGCAUGCGGGUCUACAUGACACAUGGCAUGACUUGACAUGCUACACAAUGCCACAGGCACAACCAAGCAAACACACACACACACACACAUACACACACACACGCCUUUGCGCGCGGUGAACAUCCUGGUGUUGCUUCUCUGUGCUCUUUUGCUGUCUGUACAAACAAGACCGUAAACACUGUCAACACGA